ACCUAACACUCUGUCUUCUCUGACCCAUAACCGAGCCUGUGUGUAUUGUCUUGCUGAUGCCAGCCUUUCAGCAACAAGGACAGUUGGCUAUAAAACCUCCGGUUCAAGAGGUAUCAGGCUUGUGUGAAGACUUCGACCCACAAUGAAGCUCUUGCUGUGUUUUCUGUCAGUUCUGGCUCUGGUGGCUGUGGUGGUCACAGUACCAAUCGAAGACAGAAGUCAGGAUGUGAUAAACUUUUUGAAUGGCUUUGUUACAGGUGCCCUUAAUGCUGUUCCCUUUGAAGAAAGCACCUCUUCAAGAGAAAUCAAUGCAGGUCCUGAGAAUACUUUUGGUAAACCAGAUACAAACCCAGCCCGCCCAAGUGAUUCAAGACCAACUGAAAACUCUGCUGAAAUCUCAGACGUUACACAGUCCUCAAACUUUGCUGAUUUAACAGAUAGUUUAGACUCCGAUGCCCAAUCAAAAGAGAACGGCAACUCCGAUGAUACAGAUGAUGAUGACUAUCAGAUAUCAAAGGGAAAGAUUACGCGAACUGAAAUGAGGAAGUUUGCACAGAACAAAAAUUCUGCUGGUAGCAAAAGUGGAGAAAAGGCAGAUGUGGUUGUGGAUGUAACAACAGUCAGUCCCUCUGCUGAGGGUCAAGUCACUACAGGCAGCAAAGGGACUGACAGUCCUCUUCCAAGUGAUCUGGGGAAAUACACACAACAUUCCUCAUGGAUGACUGUAGACCCAGACCAUGUGGACAACAUGCAGACAACCACUGGACAGAAGUCAACUAAUCAGAGUGAAGAGCUGAGUAACGGGAUUCAGAGGGCCAGAGGGGGAAGAGAGGGGAACAGCAGAGAGCUCACUGAUCCCCACAGUGAGGAAACGCCGCUACUGGGAUGUCAGGGUGUGGCCUGUGUGUCACAACAGUUGGGGACUAGAGGCAGUAGAGGGGAAAUGAAAAACACCACCAGUCCUGAUAGUAGUGAUUUCCAAAUCCAGGUGGUGACAGGCACAGCCACGGGUCAGGCCCUAUGUAAGAACAGUCACAGGAGUGUAGUGAAUGACGUGUUGGAAACGUCCGGAAGACAGCAGGACUUGGACAGUCUGGAGAAUGUCAGUGGUGAAUCGAUUGAUCUCCUUACUGAUGAUGUCAGCCGUGGCGAAACCAGAGAGUAUGUGAGCACUGAGAGGAACCCAGCAGUCCUUGGUCAGCUUCCAGGGACCCCAGCCAGGACAUCGUCGGUGCCAGAGCCUUCCUCCAGGUAGAGUUGGCUGAGCUCUCCCCAGCAGGGCCUGUAAAACUCCCUGCCUCUCACUCGCGUGUCAUCUCCCUCAAGCUCCACCGACUCUACCAGCCCGCAGAGAGCCCCUUCCUACACUAGUAAUCAUGACAGAGAUGUCAGUAUGCCUGGGGAGAUUUAUCACUGAUUUUAAACCAAAAAAGAUCAUGAAAUAAAUGGGAUUCUGACAGCAGCUGUUGCCCUCUGCUCCUCUGUCUCCUGGCUGUACAGUUCAGUUGUGUGUGAAGGGGAAACAUGAUGAUCCGCUAACAUCUCAG